AUGUCUUGCCAGCUGUCACCCUCAGCUUCACCAGACUCAAUGCCUGCUGAAGUUGAUGACAUGGACAACUGGCUGGUGUUUCUCAAGGACUACAUUUCCCCGCGGCCGGCCUCGUUGGUAGAACUCUGCGGGGAGCACGAGGAGGUGCGGAAGCAGAGGCGGACGAGUCAAGACUCGUCCAUUGUAAAGUCUCCUCUCCUGGAAGAUAAAGCAAAGGAGGACGACGGGAAAACGCGCAGGCAGGCGCAAAACAGGGCGGCUCAACGCGCUUUUCGUCAGCGGAAGGAACAAUACACCGAAGAACUAGAGAAUGCGAACGAGGACCUUAGGAACACACUAGCCGCCACCCGCUUGGACCAUCUUGCGUUGAAACAAAGAUUACUCCGAGCUCAGAUCAACAGCCAAGUCCUAUCGGCAGUCCUACUGUCGUCGCAGUCGGUCUUCAAUCCGAACAUGAACGACAGUCUCAAAGACGAAGGCGUGGUCGAGGAUUCGGUCAUGACAGAGGGUGGUUCUGACCUGCUGCAGCUGAGUGAAGUGUGGAAGAUGAAGAGGAUUCAAGAAGCAUUCGCCAAGGACACGGUCAAUAUAGGCCACCUUUCAAUGAAGCUCGUGGAUGCUGCGGUUCUCGGAAGAAUGCCGGUCGGCAAUGCGAAAGGCGAAGUGAUGCGGAUAAUAGAAGAGCUCGAGUCUGCAACUUCAGGUAUCGCAUAG